GAUGUACCAUUAAGCAAAAUUAAUCCUAGCUUAGCCUGGGUAAUCUUGUCCUGAUUCCCAAAUCAUCAAUUCAUCAUGAAGCUCUUCCUCUUUGUAAUCUUUUCUAGCCUAUUGCUCAAACAAUUGAGCCUUGUUGUUGGAGACGUUGGCACUGCUGCUUCUUAUGGACCACCGUACAUACCUACUGCUUGUGAUGGGAAUAGGCCAGGGCAGUUUCCUCCUGGAAAUCUAUUUGUUGCGGUGAAUGAAGGGUUAUGGGAUAACGGGGCAGCGUGUGGAAGGAGAUACAGAAUAAGGUGUGUGAGUGGAAACAAUAGGCCAUGCAAAGGUGGUAGCAUCGAUGUUAAAGUGGUAGAUUCCUGUUCAAGGUCACCAUGUCCCAACACCCUCCUCAUGUCAAAUGAUGCAUUUGCAGCUAUUGCACGCUUCCCUCAUGUUAAAAUCAAUAUUGAAUAUACCCAGAUAUGACUUGCCAGUGAUACGUCACAACCAGUGCAUAUGUACACUACUCAUAAACAACAUCAAGGAAUAAGUUGUGAUUUGUUGAAGAGAAGUGCAAAGCAGAAUGUGAUGCAAAACAGGAUGUGGAAUUUUAUGUACUUAGAUUGAAUAUUCAAUAUCAUGACGUUAAUAAACUGUUGACGUUCAGUAGUGCAAGAUUUUGCUUCUUGGAGCCAAAGCAUCCAUCUAAUAAAACGCUAUUUACCUUUCAACGAUAAA